CUCUCUCUCUCUCUCUCUCUCUCUCUAUAAACAUUUGAGCACAAGAAUGGGGAAUGCACUCCCUCUCAUCGCCUUUUGCAGACCAUGCGUCCUUCUCAUCCUGGCCUCAAUGGCCUCCCCAAGAUAUUCUACUUCAUACCCACAAUCCUUGCUCUCGUAACAUCUCUCUGCAUCAUUUACUGCAUCAAUCUCACGUCAAAUUACACUGGUUUUCUUCUCGGGAAACCCUAUAUCGGCUCUUUCCUAAUUCAAAAAAGGAUCCCUUUUUUACAAAUACCCAAUUCAAUCGAUAUCAAAACUAAGGUACCUUUGCCUGAUUCAGGCAACAGUGAAAGGUUAUCAGAGGGGGAACUUGACUUGAAUAUUGGUAAAGAAAACAAUAUCAACAAUGGCGUUUUCCAUGAUAAAAUGGUCUUCCUCGAAGAUUACAAAGCCAUGAACAAGAGUUUAAAGAUUUAUGUUUACCCACAUAGCAAAGAUGAUAGCUUUGCCAAUGUGCUAUUACCUGUGGAUUUCAAACCAGGUGGAAACUAUGCUAGUGAAAGCUACUUUAAAAAGUGCCUCAUGAAAAGCCACUUCAUCACAAAGGACCCCAAAGAGGCCCAUCUUUUCUUCUUACCUUUCUCAAUCGCAAGUCUUCGUCAUGACCCACGAGUUGGGGUACAUGGAAUUCAGGAUUUUGUGAGGUCCUACAUAUAUAACAUUAGCCAGGCCUAUCCUUAUUGGAAUCGAAGUGGAGGAGCUGAUCACUUUUAUGUUGCUUGCCAUUCAAUUGGGAGGUCGGCCAUGGAAAAAGCAGUUGACGUGAAAUUCAACGCAAUUCAAGUCGUGUGUUCUGCUAGCUAUUAUUUAUCUGGAUAUGUGGCUCAUAAAGAUGCAUCCAUGCCUCAGAUAUGGCCAAGAGAAGGAGACCCUCCAAAAGCAGGUUCAACAAAAAGGGACAAACUAGCCUUUUUCGCAGGGUCAAAUAACUCACCAGUGCGCCAAAAUCUUCUUGAACAUUGGAGAAAUGACUCUGAAAUUUCUGUCCAUUUUGGGAAUCUCUCAAUCCCAUAUUCCAAAGCUUUAUCACACAGCAAAUUCUGCCUCCAUGUUAAAGGCUUUGAAGUAAACACAGCACGAAUUGCAGACGCGCUCUUUUAUGGUUGUGUUCCUAUAGUCAUAGCCAACCAUUACGAUCUCCCUUUCACUGAUAUUCUAGACUGGAAGAAGUUUUCUUUGGUUGUUGCUACCCUUGAUAUUCCUCUGUUAAAAGAAAUUCUACAUGAAAUAAGCUUUGAAGACUACGAAGAGUUGCAGCGGAAUGUGCUCGAAGUUCGAAAGCAUUUUCAGUGGCAUAAGGUACCAGAAAAUUAUGAUGCUUUCUAUAUGGUUAUGUAUGAAUUGUGGCUUCGAAGAGGGUUGGCCAGAAUUCCGGUGCCUGAAUCCAACCAACUGUACUUUUAGAGAAAAUUUCAUGUAAUAUGUUGACUCUAGUUCUCAAAAAUGAUUUUGUUGUGUUGUUCA